AUGAGCCGGAAAGCUACAGCACGCAGCUGCUUUGCACCCGUGCACCCCGAAGCCAGGAUAGUGGUGGUCCUUCCAGUUGGGGACCUCCUGCUGUCUUGCUACCAGUGCCCCAGAAAGUGCUUCGAGCACCCCCAUUUCGUUGUGGUCCUGGAGCCUUCACCGAGGCCUGGCCCUGGGGUGCACCCCUGCUGGCCUUUGGCUCCUUGGGCGUUUCUGCAGUGGCGACCCCAGCAGGAUAGGAGGAAGCUGCUGUGCCCUCAGACGUCGCCGUCGACGUCGUCACGGUCUUCCUCAGCGUCAGCGAGAGGGAAGAGGAGACUUACCCACAUGGCCAACAGCACCACAGCCGCCAAGAGGACUUUCAGCAACAACAGAGCGGCAGCCCAGCCGAUGUACUUCACCUACGUCGUCACCCCGCAGCAAGCCGCCUACAGCUAUUCCUUGUUUGGGGUGAAGAAGCUCACCCUCACCAAGGAGCGGAAGGACAGGAUCCCGGCUGCCAUGCGUCAGCACUACUUGGGCCUGUUCACCGAAGAGUGCCUCAAGUUCUCCUCCUCGCACCUGGAGGCCAUCGAGAAGGCGCAGUCAGAGGAGAAGGUGGUCUACGACCGAAGUCCCGGCAAGGACAAGUACCUGAAUGUCGCCCUGCACACCCUGAAAAAACUCAGGGGCCUGGUUCCCAGUGCCGUGCCGGGUCUCAGCAAGGCCACGCUGUACAGCCGCCUGAGGAGCUAUAUGCUCUCGGAGGAGGACCUCAAGAAGCACGGCUUCCCGUUCGCACACCCAGAGAAGCCCGGCUCAGCCAUGCUCUUCAAGCAAGAGCAGCGUCGGAGUCCGACACACACGACCUGCUGCCGCUGCAGCACCGAGUAUCGCGUGUCGUCCUCGGGCCGCUGCCUCAGUUCGGAACCCUGCGUGUUCCACUGGGGGCGCAGAGCCUUCGUCCGGGUGCUCGGGGGCUUCGAGUCGCGGUACUCGUGCUGCCAGGCGUCCCUGGGAGCCACAGGCUGCACGGUGGCCAAGCAGCACGUGCAGGACGGCAGGAAGAACAACUUGCAUGGCUUUGCCAAGACCUUCCCGAAGAAGGACUGGGAGGCGCACGCGGGGAUCUACGCCCUGGACUGUGAGAUGUGCUACACCACGCAUGGCCUGGAGCUCGCCCGCGUCACAGUGGUGGACACGGACUUGCGAGUGAUUUACGACACCUUCGUCAAGCCCGACAAUGAGAUUGUGGAUUACAACACCAUAUAUUCUGGAGUGACCGAGGCCGACCUGGCAAACACCAACGUUAGGCUGCGGGAUGUCCAGGCCAUGCUCCUGAGCCUGUUCAGCACUGAAACCAUCCUCAUCGGACACAGCCUGGAGAGUGACCUGCUGGCUUUGAAAUUGAUCCAUGGCACGGUGGUGGACACAUCCGUGCUCUUUCCUCACUACCGGGGUCUUCCCUUCAAGCGCGCCUUGCGAAGCAUCGCCUACCAGUACCUUAACCUGACAAUCCAGAACCACAGCAGUGGACAUUGCUCUAUCGAGGAUGCCAGCGCCUGCAUGCAGCUGGUGACCUGGAAGAUGAAGGAAGACGCCAAGUUCUUCUGCCCUCCUCAGCAACAGGCCGCUUGCCCGAAGUGUGCGCUGCAGCAGAAACUGGUUUGCAUCAGCCGACACACUCAGACGCCAGAGGUGCCCGAGACGCUAGACAAGCUGCACCCAGAGGAACGAGGCACAGACCUACCUCACACUCCCCAGCUAGAGACUUGAGGACUUCUUGUGAACUGAUUAUGGGUUGUAGGGAGGUGAGGAAUGACCUCCAUAGAGUUGUUAAACUUUUAGUCCAAGCCUGAUGCAUUGCAGAGUUAUCUGCUUGCUACCUUGUGGGGCAAGGCUGGGUACUGCUUGCCCUGUUGUGGACGCAAGAAGAGGAUGAGUUCGUUCAGUUUAAGUCAUGUCACACCCAGCUAAAGGGAUGAGGAGGAAAUACCACUGCCGGUUCCAGAACUUUCUCACAGAGCUGACCAAGGAAAACAGCCUGCCUGACUCAGAGGUGAGACCAUUUUGCUUCGACAAGGAGCGACAGAGCUGUUAACUGUGACUUUAAGAUUAACUUUGCCUAGUAAAAGCAGCCCCUCCUAGUCUGUCAGGUCCUCAGUGCUUUGAGAAAGUCGAUGAAAUUUGUUGGAAAUAACUAGUUCCAAGCAACACUGAUAACCUCUUAAUUUUCAGGAGGUUGUGGUUUUUUGUUGUUGUUGCUCUUGAAGUUGAAAUAGUUAGAUUUCUUGGGGGGAGUAACUUUUUUUUCUACAUAACAAUUAUAAAAUGCAAGUGGUUUUUGAAUGAUUUUAAAAACUUGGUUGAAAAUUGAUUGAAUUAUUUCCACUAGAAGAUAGCAUGGGCCAAAACACCUUUUAUUUCUGCUUAUGAUAUUUUUUAAGGAAAUCAAAUGCAUUUUUGUCCUUACUAUAAAGAAAGCCACCCUAGACCUGUGUGUUAAAGGACAUUCUCUGUUACGGUGUGCAAGCUUGUGUGUUUUAAAAUAUUCAAGGAGAGAAAAUAACUUUUUAUCAUCCACCUUUUAGAUGAUAUAGUUUAAGUUUAGUAAGGAAUGUUAAUGUUUGUAAAAGCCAAUAAAACUUUAUAAGUUCUUUAUAUCUAAGUCAGGAAUCAGAGCUAAUUAGCAUUAAGAACUUUGCAUUUAGGAUCUGUGUUAAAACGUUCAACUAUUUUUUCCCUGCCUCACCUGUGGCUUACUGUGUGGCCCAGAGCUGGCUUUGAAGUUCUUUCUGCUACCUUUAGAGUGUGAUUACGUUUGUAAUUACCGUGCCUGGCUAAUGUUCCUCAACUGCUUUUUCAAAACUAAAUCCUAAAUUACCAGAGCAAAACUAAAGCAAAAGCUCUAUUCUUUGGACUAAUAACUGUUGG